GUCGUGGCCCACUGGAGAUAAUUUCUCACUUCCACCGGAGAGAGAGAGACAGAGAGGGGAGAGAGAGAGAGAGGAGCAAAAAUGCAAGCCGUUCGAUCUCAGAGGAAAUCUUUCGUCAAGGAAGUCGUCCCGACCCUCCCUCUCUACCGCUCUGCUCCUGCCCUUGAAGUUCGUCUAGAAGAGUUCGAGCUCUUCGCCCUCGAUCGCCUCCGAGUGCUUAAAGGGAUAUCUGAUGGAUUAUCACGCGGAAAGAAACAUGACGAAAUGCAGAAAUUGGCAAUAGAACUAUGGAAAACAAAUAUGAGGCAUCCUCAGGCAUAUGAGGUCGUCAACAAGGACAUAAUAUCGCACUUUGUUCUUCGGCUAGUUUAUUGCAGAACGGAGGACCUGAGAAAAUGGUUUCUUUCCAUGGAGACUGCCCUAUUUCGUUACCGAUUUAUGAACGAACAACCUGAACCUCAGAGGGCGCUCAUGGAAGAAUUUGAUCUUCCAUACAAGGCAGUUGGUGGUUCAGAACUCGAGAGUGUAUUAGAUAAAUUGGUCCAGGUUUCGCGUUCGCUCGGUGCUCAAUCUCAACCAACUGCUAAUGAUAUCUUCUUCAAGGUACCGUUUGAAGAAGUCCCAGAACUGGUAGCCAGUCGUAGGGUAUUCAUCAGUAAGGGGCAUGCAUAUAUAGCUAGAAAUCAGGUGGUUUCCCUUGUUGCCACACAGUUCCGCAGUCUUCUAUCAAAGGCACUUAUUUUGACAAACAGAAAAUGGACAACAACUAUAGCAGAACAAGAGAAGGAUCGGUUGACUCCUAUUGUUGAAGCCCUAUCCUCAAGUUAUCUGGGCCCCGACUAUUCUGAGCCAAAAGAGUUUGGUCAGAUUUCGUUAAAAGACAUUGAUGAUGCAGCUAAGAGCUCAUUUCCUCUGUGCAUGCGCCACCUAUUUGAAAAGUUGAGAGAGGAUCAUCAUUUAAAGCAUGGAGGGAGAAUGCAACUAGGUCUCUUUCUCAAGGGUGUUGGGUUGAAGCUGGAUGAUGCCCUUGCGUUUUGGAAAGCUGAGUUCUCACAAAAAGUUGGUGUUGAAAGGUUUGACAAAGAAUAUUCAUAUGGCAUACGCCACAAUUAUGGAAGAGAGGGGAAAAGAACGGAUUACACGCCUUAUUCCUGUCAAAAAAUCAUCUCAUCUACUCCUGGUGUAGGAGAUCAUCAUGGAUGCCCAUAUCGAUAUUUCAGUGAAGAGAACUUGAGAGCAGCUCUUGGUAAAAUGGGAGUUACUGGCCGAGCGGUUGGAGAUGUAAUGGACAAAGUUAAAAACAAACAUUAUCAGCUGGCAUGCACCUUGACGUUCGAAGCUAUUCAUGGUUCAUCAUGUGACGCUGGAAUUAACCAUCCAAAUCAGUACUUUAAGGACAGCCAAACUAUUAUAAAGUCUAAGAACCAGUCUGCAGCUUAAGGGAGAGUUUUAAAGCACCAUCAGAGGCGGAUAUAGCAUAUUCUCGUUCCACAGUUUGAGCUCAAAUUUGGUGUACAGGUUUGGUUGGUUGGUUGGUCGGGCUGAAGAACUGGUCACGACGAAGCUCAUGGCAUAACAUAUUGUCGUUCCUUUUGAUAUAUAACGAAAAUUUUAUGUUUGUUUUAUGAUGGAUUUGAGUUAUCCCUUGAAGUUUAUAAUUAGUUUUGAGUAAUGCAAUAUUUGGCAUCUGUUUUUCUUUGUAUACAAGUAAUAGUAUAGUUUGUGGAUACAAUGUUUAUGAUCCUUUGGUCUGUAACGACAUGACAUCCAGUCUUCAUUUUAUCGAGAAAGUCUUUGAGUUCAAA